UUAUUAACAAGGUGUACGGGUCACUUUUCUUGUUAUUGGACACAUCCACUAUAUACUGAGGCCCUCACCUACCUUUAACCAGUGUACAAGUAUAGAUGAUGGCUUCUGCACAGGGUGUUCUAAGCUUUUUAAGAUUGUCUAUAUUAUUGUUUGUAAUUACAUUUGUUGGGUGCGAAAUUGAGACAAAAGAAGGGGUAAAAAUUGAGAUUAUCACUCCUCCCCCCUCCGACUGCCGUGGGGUCAAGGAGGGGGAUUGGGUUAAGGUUUUGUAUAACAUGACGUCAUUAGAGGGGGAAUUAAUCGAUACGACAUACAGGUUAUACGAGCUGUCUGUGUCUUGUUGUUUUUGCAGGCCGAAUGGGGAGAAAGUUGCGGAGGAGUAUUACUUUGCUGUUGGCGUGACAAAUGGAGUUACAAUAGGAUUGGAAGGGGGCUGCAAGGGGGAGAAAAGACGACUCACAAUACCACGAAAACUGAUGCUUAUAUCUGAUAACGAGGAUGUUUCUCUGGUUCUCUACGAGGCACUGAUUGAAGACCACGUCCCCGUAGAGGAUAAACAUUGUUUGUUGGAUUUUUGGUCCACCGACAUGAAUGCGGACAAAGUGAUAGACCUAGAAGAGGUCGAUACUGUUCUCCUGAAUGAAGAAUUCGUGAAGUCUCCACUGUUCGACUUUAGCGUAGAAAAUUUGUCAGAUUGGAUUAUGAGUCUUUUUGAUAAAGAUGGGGACGGCACGCUGGAUCGAGAAGAGUACUUUGAAAUGUUAAAAACAAUUGGUCUUGAUGAAAUGGUCAAAGCCAAAGAAGAGAGCUUAAGAAAACAAAAAGAGCUUGAAGAAGCGCGAAAGAAAAGACGGCGAAGGAAUAGGAUCGAGCUGUAAACACAAUUUUAACACAGGAUUAAAUAUUGACAAAUCCUCGAAAGUCUCUCAAAGAGAUAAA